GCCGCCGCAAACUAAGAAACAACGCUUCGGCCAAAGUUUGGCGGCAUACCUAAACCCUUGCGGCGUUUUGGAUAGGAACUAUUUGGCAUUUUACGUUUCUCACAGAAAUAUUGCGACAGAAGAGGAGUAACGCGCGCGGAUGAAAUCCCGACUGGAUUUUCAGAUGCUGCUGAUCGCGAAAAUAAAGUCUUAGGCGAGAAAGACGCUUGAACCACCGCAGCAAUCACUGCCGGUCCCUGCGCUUUGCUAUCACUGUGCGCCCAACAGUCCAAAGCUGGAUGAUGAACAAUGAAGUUUCUCUCUUUUUUGAUAAUAUUCCUGGCUCUCAGCUACCGAGAAACUCGCGCAUUCCGAUUCACCAAGAGCCCCACCAACCUGACAGUAACCCAGGGCAACGCGGCUCGUCUCGGCUGUGCUGUCGAGGGCCUUUUUGAGCCGGAAAUAGUGUGGAUGAAGGAUGGUGAGAAGAUCUUCAGCUCAGACCAGAUGUACAUCACAGUGGAACCAUAUCACUGGGAGACUUUCCACAGCAUGAAAUCAGUGCAGCAGCAGGACGCCGGAAAGUACUGGUGCGAGGCGGAACUUCAGGGGGUCACCAUUUCCUCAGAGCCUGCCUGGAUUACAGUAGAAGGUGUUCCCCACUUCAUACUAGAGCCCCAGGAUGUGGCCACUUUUCCUGGGGUGCCCUUUAACCUGAGCUGUGCAGCCGUGGGGCCGCCGGAACCGGUGGAAGUGCUCUGGUGGCUCAGGGGGGUGCAGCAGGGGAAACCUACACCCUCCCCCUCUAUCCUUUCUGUCCCAGGCAUCACAGGCAGCAUCAAGUUCUACUGCGAGGCGAAGAAUGCCAGGGGCGUGUCCGUGUCACGCACCGGCACGGUGCACAUCAAAGUGUUACCAGAGGCCCCCCAGGCAGUGCAUGUGGUCCAAAUGAAGGAGAAUAAUGUCACCCUUGCCUGGACUCCAGGCUUCACUGGGUAUUCAGAUCUGCAGGCUUGCACAAUCCAGAUGUCAAAGAAAUCUGGGGAGAGAUCGGAGCUUCCAGAGCAGCGCGUGCCAGUUCCGCCCUUCCAGCAAGUCAUUGGUGGGCUGAGGUGCUACUCAAACUACAGCGUGCGAAUCUGCUGCAGCAAUGAAGUAGGAUCCUCCCCUUUCUCAGGCUGGGUUGAUUUUCAGACGCCAGAAGCAGUGCCCUCGGCUGCCCCACGCAACUUGACCUUUGACCUGUCAGAGCAGCAGCUUUCGCUGAAUUGGGCCCCAGUGGAGGAGGCUGAGCUUCAUGGGCGCCUUCAGGCAUAUAAGGUGCAGUGGAUCCAGAGGGGAGAGAGCCAGGAGGCGCUGCUGUUUAGGGAGAACCGGGCCCACUUGUCAGGCCCGGGACGUUUCUUCAACUCCACGUUCCAAGUGUCCGCCUGCACGAUGGUUGGCUGCGGCCCGUGGAGUCAGCCGGUGCUGGUGAUGCCCCAUACCGCACUGCCCCUCCCGACCCAACGGAGCCACAUGUGGGUGGGGUUGCUCCUGGGUGCCCUGGUGGCCAUCAUGAUUGGCUUACUUCUGACUGUCCUGGUGCACCAGAGGGGGAAGGAGACACACUAUGGGUCUGCGUUUCAGCCUUCAGGGGGUGAAGCCAUUGUUUCUUUCACAGCAGCCAGAUCUUUCAACAGACAUGGCCCUCAGCUCCCAGAAUCCACCUUGGACACCAUUGGUCUGAGCGACGAUCUGAGGAACAAACUGCAGGAUGUUUUGAUCUCAGAGAAGAUGCUGACUCUGGGACACAUGUUAGGGAAAGGAGAGUUUGGCUCGGUGCGUGAGGCAUAUCUGAAGAUGGAGGACAACUCUGUACAGAAGGUGGCGGUGAAGGUUCUCAAAACUGACAUCACCAGUUCCAGUGACAUUGAGCAGUGUUUGAAAGAGGCUGCAUACAUGAAGGACUUCAAUCACCCCAAUGUUAUCCAGCUCAUCGGGGUGAGCCUGCACAGACGAUCCCAUCAGCGUCUUCCAGUUCCCAUGGUCAUUCUACCUUUCAUGAAGCAUGGAGAUCUGCACACCUUUCUGCUGAUGUCACGUCUUGGAGAGGAUCCCUUUGUGCUCUCUGUGCAAACGCUGGUCAAGUUCAUGUUGGACAUAGCUCAAGGGAUGGAGUACCUGAGCAGCAGAAACAUCAUCCACAGGGACCUGGCAGCACGGAACUGCAUGCUGAAUGAGGACAUGACUGUGUGUGUGGCUGACUUCGGGCUGUCCAAGAAGAUCUACAGCGGGGAUUACUACCGCCAGGGCUCGGUCUCCAAGCUCCCUGUGAAGUGGAUCGCCCUGGAGAGCCUGGCUGACAACGUCUACACCACCCAGAGCGACGUGUGGGCAUUUGGCGUCGCCAUGUGGGAGAUCAUGACUCGGGGACAGACCCCAUACCCCGGGGUGGAAAACUCUGAAAUCUACGAGUAUCUCAUCAAGGGAGAGCGCCUCAAACAGCCAUCUGACUGUCGGGAUGACGUCUACGAGAUCAUGCACAGCUGCUGGAGCCCCGUGCCAAAGUGUCGACCCAGCUUUCGACAGCUGAUUGACCAACUGGAUGCUGUGCUGGCAGAGCUCUCACCGGGUCCUGGGAAGGAGACUCUGCUGUACGUGAACCUGGAGGGAGAGGACAGCGAAGCGGAGGCAGCACAAAGGGCAGCAGCGCUGACGCCGGACGAGGCAGUGUGGGGCGUGCCCUGGCAGUGCGCUGGCAUGGAGGAGAAUGAGAAAGAUUGGCUCAUGGUGGCCUCAGGAGUUGGGUUGGGCCCCGGCAGCGAUUACCGCUAUGUCAUCGAUCCCCGCAAUACUGCAGAGGAGGGCUCCAGCCAAGCCGGGGUAGGAGUCUCGCAGGAGGAAGCCAAGGAAGAAGACGACGACACAGUCAUUGACGUUUGACGGGAGCAAGGUUUUCUGAACCCUGCCCCCCUGACACAUGGCCCUCCUCCGCCACACUGACUGCACAGACAGAUUAAGGUGGGGGGGAGUGGAGCCCAGGGCUCUCCUUGAGGCAACAGCAACGCUCUACCAGCCUGUCUCCCCCCAAGGGCGAUGGUGGGAAAGGAGACGGUCUGCAAUUGGUGCGGCAGAACUGAGCCAGGAUACCCUACAUUCUCGUGCUUUGGCUGCCUCCGCAGAGGCCCGUUGAUUUUAAAAACCUGAGACACAAUCAUUUGCACUAAUGCAUUUUUUAAAUAAUGAAGAUCAUGCCACUAAACACUGUUUAGUAAAAUGCGCUGCUAACUCUUAGGUUUCAUAAUGCUUUCUGUACUUUUGUACAUUUCAGUGGAUACAAAACCAAGACUUUGCAGUGGAAGUGGUAUCUUGUUGUUAAUUUGGUUGGGUCUCCUUGCAUCUCUUAUCAUGGGACCUGAUCUUACAACUCCCAGUAUUUUUGAGCAGUAUUAAACCUGCAGCCUUUACUUUGUCCUACUGCAGUGCAUAACUUGGCUGUACUGUGUUACACCCAUUUAGCACCAGGCAGCAAGCUGUACCUCCAGGUGAUGCCUCACAGCUGGCUUGUAAUCUGUGAAUUGUUUGAAAUGUUCCCUAUAUAUAUGUUUCGAUUGACAAAGCAUCAAACCACAUAAAUGCAGUUUCUGAUUACAUUUUGGUACUUCUCCAGCAACGUGAAGCUAAGAGCUUGAAUUAGUGGUCAUAAUAUGGAUUCAUGGGCACAUGUAUAUGUAGAAGUUUGAGUAACCUGUCAACCCUUCAUGUGACCACAUGCAAACCUGCCAAAUCUGAAUUCGCCAUCCUACCCUCCUGAAAUAAUUUUGACUGUUGUGACCCCAUACCAUACAUCUGCAAACAAAAUGUGCACAGGGAAUUACACAGCUCGAGUAUUAGUUUGUUUGCAUGUUUAUUACUCGCAGCUGCCUUGACAAGAAUGAGCAGUUGGAGAAUGGAUAAAUGGUGGGAUGUUUAUAAUUUAGGUUAUUUUUGUUUAUAACUUAGGUUAUUUUUGAUUUUGUUGGGUUUUUUUUUUAUGUGAGUGGGGUCAGAUUGGCUUGCUUCCAUUAUGUGAGUCAUGCACUGGGUUACGAACCAAAUCCUGUUACGUGGCCACGGGUCAAGUCAUUUAUUUAUUUAGCGCAUUUAAAACAACAGUAGUUGACCCAAUGUGCAGUGCCAUUCUCCUCAUAUACAGAGCAAUAAGGGCCAAUUAAGCAAAUAUUUGGUAACGCUUCACGUUACCUAUGUUAGGAUAUACUUACAUGCUGCUUAUGAAUGUCCUAUGAGUGAAUAAUGAAUGCAUUAUAAAGGUGCAGUUAAUGUAAAGCGUUAUGAAAUAUUAAAAACAUUCAGAAGAUAUAUAUACCUGACAUCCUCCUGGUGCAGUUAAGUUGGACUUUUGAGAGACAUGCUUGCUAAUCUGUCUGCUUCCCCUUCCAUUGUGUAUUGGCUCCAUGGGAGAUUUGCAAGGGAAAGUUGAUGAAUUCUCCCCUCUUCAAAAAAAAAAAAAAAGAAAAGAAAUUGACAUGAUAAACGGUUCUAUAGAUGUUCCCCGUUGGAACUCUGUUUUUCAGGCUGCAUACUCAGGGAUCCUUGGUUGAAAAUUUCAGCUGGGUGUUCAUCACCACAAUUCCAAAAAAAGAGAAAUUGGUUAACGGCAAAUAUAGCAGCAGUUGCUGGCUUUUAGUAAAAAAAAAAUAUAUAGUACUGAGGUUUUCGUGUAUUUAGUUGGAUAUCGAGAAAGGACAUCAGACAGAAUUAGUAAGGGGUUUGCGGAGACACUAACUUGGAUUGCAGCUGUAAUGGUGGUGUUUCGAAAUUGUUGUUUUAGUUUUUGUACUGAAAAUGAAAAUCAUACCUGAACUUUUAUUGGGAUGUUGAAUCAUGAUUAUUUUGGCAAUUUAAAGUCAUUCAACAUUUGUAAUCUUAAAUAUGUUGUAAUAAUUUUUAUUAAAAGGUUUUUAAAAUUACAUUAA